AUGGCGUCCAGAGCCAUGGUCCCGUUUCUGGUGGCCAUGAUGUUGCUGACCGGCGUCUGCAAUACGCUGUUGACAAAGUACCAAGACAAUCAGUGCGUCCGCAACUGCGAGGACCCUGAUCCCAAGAAGCGGGUACACUUUGAACAGCCUGUGAUCCAGACGGCACAAAUGUUUAUCGGUGAGAUGGGUUGCUGGCUGGUCAUCGGCCUCAUGUCACUGCGAGAGCGCUACAUGGCCAGGAAGCAGGCCGCCGGUUACGAGGCCGUCCGCAGCUCCGACGAUGCCCCCGAAGCCGACGACGCCGCCAGCGUGCACUCUAACACGGCCCUCAAUGGCUCCGGCGCUGGCAAGCCCGCCCUUGGUCAUGACUCGAUGCUCGCAGGCAUUCGCGUCUUCCUUCUCGCCAUACCCGCCAUCUGCGACAUUUGCGGCACGACUCUCAUGAACGCCGGUCUGCUUAUGGUGGCCGCCUCUAUAUAUCAGAUGACCAGGGGUGCACUCGUCCUCUUUGUUGGCCUGUUCAGCGUCGUGUUCCUCCGCCGGAGGCUGCACCUGUUCCAGUGGCUGUCCCUGGUGGGUGUCGUCACCGGCGUGGCCAUCGUCGGCCUUGCCGGUGCCAUAUACCCAGACAAGCCCAAGCCCGGCUCCCCGCACAGCGAGGUGGUGCCUACGUCUUCGCCCUUCCAGGUGGCCUCCACCGCCGAGGGCGGACUGGACGCCAAUGCACUGCGCGCCGUCGUCGGCGUGCUCCUGAUCGCAGGUGCCCAGAUCUUCACCGCAACCCAGUUCGUGACCGAGGAGUGGCUUCUCGAGCGCUCGACCAUCGAGCCCAUCCGUGUCGUUGGCUGGGAGGGCAUCUUUGGCUUUUCCGCCACCGUUCUGGGAAUGAUCGUCAUGCAUCUCGCCCUCGGCCGUACUGAAGCCGGUAAAUAUGGAUACUUUGACAUGGUUGAGGGUUGGCGGCAGGUUGUCGACAACCCCAAGGUGCUGAUUUCCAGUGUCCUCAUCAUGAUCAGCAUUGGUGGAUUCAACUUCUUUGGACUCUCCGUCACUCGCUCCGUCAGUGCCACUUCGCGCUCCACAAUCGACACCUGCAGGACCCUCUUCAUCUGGAUCGUUUCUCUCGGCCUCGGCUGGGAGACGUUCAAGUGGCUGCAGGUGCUGGGCUUUGGGUUCCUGGUCUACUUCACCUUCCUCUUCAAUGGCAUUGUCCAGCCGCCCUUCAAAUUCCUCCAAGUCGAGGAAGAGAUUGAAGAGCUGCUGCCAGAGGAGCCGGUGGAGCACAUUUGA